AGCCCAGCUACCCCAAACCCAACAUUGCCCUGAGCCUCAGCGGAGGGGUCUCCCUGGGGGGAUCCGUGAGCGUCUGGUGUCAGGGGCAGCACCGGGGCGUGCGGUUCGUUCUGAAUAAAGAGCGACACCAUUUCCCACCUGUGGAUUCGGACAGAUUUGAGGCUGUGUUUCCCAUCAGCAACGUGCGCCGGGAAGACGGCGGGAGCUACAGCUGCUCCUAUCACAGCCGAUCGGAGCCGUUCACCGUGUCGUACCCCAGCGACCCCGUGGAGCUGGUGCUGAGAGGGGCAGACGUCACCAUCCGGUGUCAGGGGCAGCGCCGGGACGUGAGGUUCUUCCUGCACAAGGCUGGAGACCUGAACCUGCAGCGACAUGUGGACCCUGCUGGGGACGGGGCCGAGUUCCACAUCCCCACCGUGGGCUGGCAGCACAGAGGGAACUACAGCUGCAGCUACCGGCCCCGACCAGAGCCCUUCGUCUCCUCAGUGCCCAGCGACCCCGUGCAGCUGGUGGUAGCAG